UCUCACAACCCCUCCUGGUUCUCAGCCAUCAUGGGCAUGACAGGGAGUGUUAGAAGGCUGCAAUUUGCUGAUGAAGGGACUACGAUGGCAAGUAGGAUGUGGUAAUGCAAUCCGCAUUCUUGAGGAUCAUUGGCUUCCCUCCUCGCCUCCGUCUGCUCCUAAGCUGCUUCUUGGUGCGUCCCUUGGAAACCCCUUUGUUGCAUCACUCAUUCACUCACUCUCACGCACUUGGAACGGAGACCUCAUUCGAGCUUCUUUCACAACUGAAAGUGUUCGUUUGAUCCUGUCCAUCCCCCUUCCAUCGGCGCCCCAAUCGGAUAAGUGUUUUGGCACUACUCACCCACUGGACAGUACACUGUCAAAACAGGGUAUCAGCUGUUAUCGGCCACGAAACAUCUUGAGUUCAAUCAGCUUCCUUCUCACUUGAAUUCUCGGUUCUGGAAGGUGUUAUGAAGCCUUCCCAUUCCCCCAAAACUCAAAGUGUUCUUGUGGCGGGUGGUGAGAGGGUUCCUUCCCAUGAAAACAAUCCUUCUGGAGAAAGUCCCUGUGCUCUUCAAAUAUAUGCCCAGUUUGUUCAGAAAAUGCAGAAACCAUCUCACACUGCCUCUUUUCCUGCAAGGUCGCCUGAGAUGUUUGGUCUUUUGCAGGGAAGGAGAGUAUUCGUGUAGCUAUAUAAAAUGUGCCCAUCGACAUUGCUUAGUCUAACCUUCUUUUAAAUAUGCAGCUUUCCAAGGUGGAUAUUGCAGACGUGGGUUUUUAUCUCCUGGCGCAUAUGGAAGGACGGUGUUGGGCUACCUACGAUGGUAUCCAAUAUUUGUCGGGCCCUCUUGUUCGCCAAUUCACAAAGCAGGUGGACGAAUGGCGCGAUGCUACUGCGACGCCCCGGUCCCAGCCUCAUGUUCUGCGGCAUCCAAGACCUCCACCAGUAGUGCCUGCUUGUACCCCAGGUGGCCUCCUCAUCCGCUUCGAUGGUGCAACACGACAGGGAGUAGGAGGCAGUGUCGGCUUCGUCGGGUUUACAUGUGAUUGUACUCUAACUUGCGCAUACAGUACGUUCUAUGAAGGGCUAUCCGAUCCUUUCCUGUUAGAACUAUUGUCAUUAAGAGAUGCAAUGAUCUGGAGCUUACACAAUGGUCAUCCUUCUGUUUGUUUUUGUGGGGACUCGCAAUUGGUCAUACGCCGAGGUGGGGCGGGUGCUUGAAGAAGUGCGCUUGCUGAAGACCUCUUUUACAUUUGUUUCCUUUGUCUAUGCUCCCCGUAGUAUUAACAGGGAUGCCCAUCGUGUGGCACAAACGACCCUUGCAUUGGUAGCAACCCUUUUGGUUGACUACCGCUUUUUCUUUUUUCCUACACUGUAAUGCUCUAUCUAUUACAAAAUAUCUAUGACAAAAAAAAACAUUAUAGGGAUACAAUUAUGCUAAAAAUAGUAAAGGGUAUAUUUGUUAACUUGUAUGGUAUAAAUAUUUUUAACCAUAUUGGAAAAAUAUUAUGUGUAUACUGUAUGGGCUCCAUCAUCCAUGGCCUUCUUAAGAGGCCCAGAAGAUUAAUGAAUUACAGCAGGUUGC